AUGUCGGCGGCGGCGCGCAGACGUCAGGCUGCCGGGGUGAGAGGAGAAGCCCUCGCCUCCGCCGCCGCCUCAGCAGCCCCCGCUCGCGGAGAUGAGGAGCCGGGCAUGGCGGCGGCCCCGAGCCUCACCGUCUGCCUCAAGCUGCUGGCCGCGGCCUUCUACGGCUCCAGCUCCUUCCUCAUCGUGGUGGUGAACAAGAGCGUCCUCACCAGCUACGGGUUUCCUUCCUCGCUGUGCGUGGGACUGGGCCAGAUGUUGGCUACGGUGGUUGUCCUCUGGGUGGGAAAGGCGCUUAGGGUGGUGAAGUUUCCAGACUUUGACAGAAAUAUACCUCGAAAGACAUUUCCACUACCUCUUCUCUAUUUUGGGAACCAAAUCACAGGACUGUUCAGCACAAAGAAACUAAACCUGCCAAUGUUUACAGUCCUGAGAAGGUUUUCCAUUCUGUUUACAAUGUUUGCUGAAGGAAUUUUACUCAAGAAGAAAUUUUCUUGGGGAAUUCAGAUGACAGUAUUCGCAAUGAUAAUUGGUGCAUUUGUAGCUGCAAGUUCUGACCUGGCAUUUGAUCUAGAAGGUUACAUUUUUAUAUUGAUCAAUGAUGUCUUGACAGCUGCAAAUGGGGCAUAUGUAAAACAGAAACUAGAUUCAAAGGAGUUAGGAAAAUAUGGCCUCCUUUAUUACAAUGCACUAUUCAUGAUUCUUCCCACUUUGGCCAUUGCCUAUUUCACAGGAGAUGCGCAAAAGGCAAUGGAAUACAAAGGCUGGGCAGACACUCUCUUUCUUAUACAGUUUACACUCUCAUGCAUAAUGGGGUUUAUUCUGAUGUAUUCGACAGUACUUUGCACUCAGUAUAAUUCUGCCCUUACAACUACUAUAGUUGGCUGUAUUAAGAAUAUAUUAAUAACCUACAUUGGAAUGUUCUUUGGAGGCGAUUAUAUUUUCACAUGGAUGAACUUUAUAGGUUUAAAUAUCAGUAUUGCUGGAAGCCUGGUGUAUUCUUACAUCACUUUUACAGAAGAGCAGAUGAACAAGCAAUCUGAAGCUAGCAUCAAGAUGGACAUUAAAGGGAAAAGCUCUGUAUGACAAAGGGGUUACUGAACAAAAGUAACUCUUGCUCUUCAGCAGUGAUUGCUGACAAAUCAUUAGACUGUAUAGUGUGUGAAUGGAGUAGUAUGGGUACUUUGCAUUUGCACAAU